AUGACUUCAAUUGGCACCGGUUACGAUUUGUCCAAUAGUGUUUUCUCUCCCGAUGGAAGAAAUUUCCAGGUCGAAUAUGCAGUGAAAGCGGUAGAAAACGGUACCACUUCGAUCGGAAUCAAGUUUAAUGACGGUGUUGUGUUUGCUGUAGAGAAAUUGAUCACAUCGAAAUUGCUAGUACCCAAAAAGAAUGUCAAGAUCCAGGUAAUCGACCGUCAUAUUGGAUGUGUUUAUUCAGGCCUGAUGCCUGACGGCAGACAACUGGUGAACAGAGGGCGUGAAGAGGCAUCUAGUUUCAAGAAGUUAUACAACAAACCUAUCCCUAUACCGGCACUUGCGGACCGUCUGGGUCAAUACGUACAGGCGCACACGCUGUAUAACAGUGUGAGACCAUUUGGUGUCACGACGAUCUUCGGAGGAAUAGACGAGGAGGGUCCUCAUUUGUACAUGCUUGAGCCAAGUGGCGCUCAUUGGGGUUACAAGGGAGCCGCCACAGGGAAGGGCAGGCAGACGGCUAAGGCAGAGCUGGAGAAGUUGGUCGAUAAGUAUCCAGAUGGGAUAACUGGCAAGGAAGCUGUGAAACAGGCUGCCAAAAUUAUCUACAUGGCACACGAAGACAACAAGGAAAAGGAUUUCGAGUUGGAAAUAAGUUGGUGCUCUGCAUCUGAAACAAAUGGUCUGCAUAAAAUGGUACAGGGCGAGCUUCUCGAAGAAGCAAUCGAAUUCGCCAAGAAGGAGGCCAAUGGAGAUCAAGAUAGCGAUGAAUCUAGUGAUGACGAACCCACAAAUUCUGCCGUGGUUGUUGAUGCAGAAGGGGAUGUUAAUAUAGAAUAG